GCAGGUGUCUCGGCCAAGAUGGCUGCCAAAAGUUUUGCUUCCCGCCUCAGAGGCUCCCGGCGCUUUUUGAAUGGCUUCUUGACCGGAGCUGUAGUGGGCGUCGCGGGAGCCGGGCUCGCGGCCGCUCAGUUCCUCCGCAGUCAGAGCGCCGAGGCAGCGUUGGCAGUGAUCGAACCUGACGGUUCUGCAGAAAAGGCUGUCUUGGAGCGAUUUGGUUUCCCUUUAACUGGAACAGAAACUAGGUGUUACACUAAUCAUGCUUUGUCUUAUGAUCAGUCAAAGCGGGUGCCUAGGUGGGUCCUUGAACAUAUAUCCAGAAGCAAGAUAAUAGGAAAUGCAGACAGAAAACAUUGUAAAUUCAAGCCAGAUCCCAACAUCCCUUCAACCUUCAGUGCCGUCAAUGAGGACUAUAUUGGAAGCGGGUGGUCACGAGGACACAUGGCUCCAGCAGGAAAUAACAAAUUUUCUACUAAAGCCAUGGCCGAAACCUUUUACCUUUCUAAUAUUGUGCCUCAGAAUUUUGAUAAUAAUGCUGGAUAUUGGAACAGAAUAGAAAUGUACUGUCGGGAACUAACAGAGAGGUUUGAAGAUGUUUGGGUAGUAUCUGGACCCUUGACCUUACCUCAGACUGGAAGUGAUGGAAAAAAAACAGUUAGUUACCAGGUAAUUGGUGAGGACAAUGUGGCUGUCCCCUCGCACCUUUAUAAGGUGAUCUUGGCUCGAAGAAGCCCAGAGUCUAAGGAACCACUGGCUCUAGGGGCUUUUGUGGUGCCCAAUGAGGCCAUUGGCUUCCAACCCCAGUUAAGUGAAUUCCAAGUGAGCCUGCAGGACCUGGAGAAGUUAUCAGGACUGGUGUUUUUCCCUAAUUUGGAUAGAACUAGUGAUAUCAGGAAUAUCUGCUCUGUGGACACCUGUAAGCUCCUGGAUUUCCGGGAGUUCACUCUGUACCUGAGCACGAGAAAAAUUGAAGGUGCACGAUCAGUACUCAGACUGGAAAAGAUCAUGGAAAAUUUGAAGAAUGCAGGCAUUGAACCCGAUGAUUACUUCAUGAGUCGCUAUGAGAAGAAACUGGAAGAACUCAAAGCGAAGGAGCAGUGAGGAGCCCUGGAGGGGAAGCCAUCUUAGUUUCAAUCACAGAAGGUGUGUGAUGCCAUCUGCAGUGAACAGGCCGCUCCUCUGAUGUGCUUUAGUUGCUUUGCUUUAAAGAAAUGAUGGAAUCCUAAAUUUAAGACUCAGUUUCUCCCUCAAAGAUGAAAGGUCUAAAGUUUUGGGGUCAGUAUUUUACUUAAUAUGGGAACUAAUUCCUAAGGAAACUGUUAACACAUGCAGAUCUCGUGUGGUGUUAACAACAAUACUGUGUCCUUGAGAUGACACUGUGUCUGUGCUCCUUGGGUAGAUGAUACGGCCUUUUAUUUUUAUGCUUCCAAAUUGUAGUCUUUGCUGUAUCUGCUCAGCCUUUUGGAACCCAACUAUGUAUUUGUCCCUAGGUCCUGAGUUGGUCUUAGAGAUAGCUUUUAGAAAUCCUCUGCAUUCUCCUGCUGCAUUUAUUAUGUAUUUGUGUCUCGUUCCUCUCGCGGGCCUGCUGUUCCCUGCUCCUGUCACACAGAAGCGGUCAGUGCUGCGUCUGCUGCUCACUUGGUGUCUUCUCUACACAAAGCUCAGCGCUUUGCAUGUAUUGUCUGAUAGAGACCCUCUGAAGUAAAUGGCUUUUCCCUCAUGAGGCUUAGCAAGUGUAAGCUUUCUGCCUGAGAGUCAUCUCUCCAAAGAGAGCACCCAGGGCUGAGAGGGGGGGAAAAAAAAAAAACAGAAAGUAGAUUCAAAUCUUCCUUGCACAGAGUGUUCUCAGAAAUAUGUACCUGCAAGGGUGUAGAUCUUUGAGCCUGAGGCCUGCUUGGUAAGAGGUCUGGUUUCUUGUCUGCUGUCAGCCCAAGACAGUUUAAGGCCCUCCCAGCUCUUUGGGAAGAAAGCAUCACAGGCAUCUGAAAAUUAGAGGCCUGUGAGUCUAGUCUGUGGAGGGUUUACCAGAGCCCCCACUUGCCUCCAGAGAUGCACUUCUUUGAGUGACUAGAGGCUGCUAAAUUGAUGUAUUUCUUGUUUCCAGGUGAACUUUUUAUUCCAAAGAUUAAGGAACCUGAAAAGGGCCUCUGGCUCCUGACAUGCUUGCCUGUGCUGCUUGUCCCCCUGGCUGGCAUCGGCUGGUUGUGCUGUGGGCCUGAGAGCCAAACGCAGUUAUUUCUGGGGGACACGGGGGCUAAUGUUCCUGACCUGAUCUCUACAUUUGGAUGACGUGGAAUCCUUUCAUGGGCACUCAUGGUAUAGGCAGUAAAGUAUCUUAAAAUAGUGACGUGAAGAAUGUGUCAUGUCCCUGCUGGCUUUCCAAGUACUGCUACGAGGACAAUUUGGUGGUGGUUUUGCGUUGCCGCUAGCAAAAAUGCCAGGGCUUUAAGAUAAAGGCAAGAUGAUGAUGAUUGACCUUUUUCUACGUUUUUAUUUGGGUAAAAAGAAAAAAGUCGGAUUAGAACAUAGUAGCCUGAUUAAUGCCGUUCUGUUUCAUCACUCUGUUCUCAUUAGCUUGUGCCAGUCCUUCUUUGCUUGGGGAUAGAGCCAAAAUGUCACUGUGACCAAAAAAUCCAUUUUUCUCUCUCCUUGUUGGAGAGGUAACGUUGGGACCUGGGUGUUUCUCUAGAAGCCUGAGGAGGCAGCUCGGUGGGAGAAGCCCACCUCCAGAGGUCGGCCAUGCUCCCUCCCCACAGUUCCAGCGACUGGAGUUACUACUGCUCUUUUCACUCCUGCCUCCGCCUGGAUGGUUGAGAAUCUUGAUUUUUAGAUCAGUAAACCAAAGUGUCUUAGGUUUUACUCCUCUUAAGAGUACUGUUUGUUCAUUUGGAAAAAAAAAAAAAAAGAUAACUGCUUGUGAUUGAAAAAAAAUGCAGCCUAAAAAAAAAAAAAUCCUUGUUUUUCUUUCUAAAAGCAUUGGUUUACAGUAGUGAUGCUUGAGCUGUCUCAUCACUGCCAUUGAGUCCCUCCAGUUCAGACUUUAAAAUGGAAAACUUGGGGAGAAUUUAGAAUUUUCCUCUGGAUCAGAUAGCUUCAGCUUCCUGCAGUAGGACUGCUGACAAUGCAGACCUGGAUGCAACAGGUCCCUAGGCCUCUCCCAGCAUCAGGUAUGACCUGAACAAGAAGCACUUGGUCACCGAACCUGAGCAGUUGCCAUUCGGCUGGUCCUCCAAGCUCUGGUGAGCUCUGAAGCGGAAUUCUCGGGCUGACCCUUGUGCUCUGUUUACACUCAGGGAGCCUUUGGCCCAAGGACAGCAGGCUGUGGAAGAGCGGCCAGUCUGGGUGGGCUCUGCCGUUGGAGGCCCUUGUGUGGUUGAAGGGGGCUUACUCCCUAAUCCUCCUCUGCCUCCCUCUGCCCCCGUGACAUCUUUAUUCUGAGAUUCCAGGUUCUUUGGUUUCUGGAUUGAGAAUUUCACAAUAUUGUGCAAAGGCCAAGCAGGAUGAUCUGGACCCUGUGUGAUUUGGGGCAGGGAGUAGUGGUCCCGUACGGGCUUCUCGUGUUCCAGAGCAUGCUAGUAUGGCCCCUGAGUGCACAGGACCUCUCGGGGUCAUUGCGUCCUAAUGUCGCAUUGCAACUCAACGUCUCAGCUGCGGCACUGCCUCGUCCUCCAGCUCUAAGCCAUGAAAGAUGCAAUCGGCCUCAGCCGCCAGGCGCUGUCACGCAGGCAGGUUGGAACAGAGGCUCUGCCCAGUGGGCCUCAUGUUUGUUUCAUCUCACAAUAGUCUCGGUAGCCUGAUUCUGCCCCCUCCAGUUUUAUUUUGAGAAAUUUUAAACCUACAGGAAAGCUGGAAGAAGAGGACAGUGAAUGCUUCUCUUUUCUGUUUGCUCUCUCUUCUUGAGCCUUUUAACAGUGAUUGUUUUAAAAAGGAAGUUGUAGAUACGACACUUCAUUUUUAAUAACUUUUAACACUAAGAAUAAAGAUGUAUUUCCAAAAUACUUUGAUCAUGUCUAACAAAUUUAUGAUGAAUUCAAUAACAUCUAAUAAACAAUCUAUUAAAAGUUGAAA